GGGGGGCUUUGCAGCCCUUUGGGUGAUGUCGUCACACCCAUCACUGCCCCUGCACAGCACAUGGCCCAUUGUGUGCCCCCACUCCACCCCAGCCAAGGGGCCCGGUGCCCCCAGACCCACCCGAUCCCAGAACCGAGGGCACCUGGAGCAGGACCCCGACGCACAGCCCAGCUGGGGAUGGCAGGAAGCCUCGGGGUUUGUCACCAGUGCUUGCGGUUGUGCGCGAGCUGCGAACCAGCUCCUCUAGAGUUUGCUCAGGAGGCAGGAAACCGGGGCAGGCGGCGAGCAAGAGCGAACGGCGGCGGUGGGGAGCGCGCCCGUGUGCGGGGGGCUCAGCUGCACUGCCGGGGGUCAGCGUGGGCUCAUGGGGAGGACAUGAGAGGGGACUAUCGCUGCUGCGCAGCCAUGGGAGUCUGAGAGAGCUGGUCUUCGUUGUGCUGCCCACAGCCGCCAUGGGCUGCUGCUGCAGCUCAGACUAUGACGAGGACUGGAUUGAGAACAUCGACAUCUGCGAGCACUGCAACUACCCCAUUGACCCCGACAGCAAGCGCCAGCAGCUGAUCCGCAAUGUCUCUGAGGUGCGGGAUCCCCUGGUGUCCUACGAGGCCAUGUCUCCGCCGUGCUCCCCGCUGCAAGGUACAGCCCGGCCACGGGGGGGGCUGCUGGGUGUGCCCCAUGGCCACCUCCACCCCGACCCUGCGCUCUCCCCAGACAAGCUCGUGGUGGCCCUGUAUGACUAUGAACCCACUCACGAUGGGGACCUGGGACUUAAGCAGGGCGAGAAGCUGCGCGUCCUGGAAGAGAGCGGAGAGUGGUGGAGGGCGCAGUCGCUCACCACGGGCCAGGAGGGUUUGAUCCCCCACAACUUCGUGGCCAUGGUGAACAGCCUGGAGCCGGAGCCGUGGUUCUUCAAGAACCUCAGCCGCAAGGACGCGGAGCGGCAGCUGCUGGCGUCGGGCAACACGCACGGCUCCUUCCUCAUCCGGGAGAGCGAGACCUCUAAAGGCUCCUACUCGCUGUCAGUGAGGGACUUCGACCAGAACCAGGGCGAGACAGUGAAGCACUACAAGAUUCGCAACAUGGACAACGGGGGGUACUACAUCUCCCCCCGGGUCACCUUCAGCAGCCUGCACGAGCUGGUGGAGUAUUACUCAAGCAGCUCGGAUGGGCUGUGCACCCGCCUUGGCAAGCCCUGCCGGACGCAGAAGCCGCAGAAGCCGUGGUGGCAGGACGAGUGGGAGGUGCCACGAGAGUCGCUGAAGCUGGUGGAGAAGCUGGGAGCCGGGCAGUUUGGAGAAGUCUGGAUGGGCUUCUACAACGGCCACACCAAGGUAGCCAUCAAGAACCUGAAGCAGGGCAGUAUGUCCCCCAGCGCCUUCCUGGCCGAGGCCAACCUGAUGAAGAACCUGCAGCACCCACGGCUGGUGCGGCUCUACGCUGUGGUGACCAAGGAGCCCAUCUACAUCAUCACAGAGUACAUGGAGAAGGGCAGCCUGGUGGACUUCCUCAAGACCUCAGAGGGCAUCAAGCUCAGCAUCAACAAACUUCUGGACAUGGCCGCACAGAUUGCUGAAGGCAUGGCCUUCAUCGAAGCCAAGAACUACAUCCACCGUGACCUGCGGGCUGCCAACAUCCUCGUGUCGGAGGCCCUGUGCUGCAAAAUCGCUGACUUCGGGCUGGCGCGCCUCAUCGAGGACAACGAAUACACAGCACGAGAAGGGGCUAAAUUCCCCAUCAAGUGGACAGCACCGGAGGCUAUCAAUUACGGCACGUUCACCAUCAAGUCUGACGUCUGGUCCUUUGGCAUCCUGCUCACUGAGAUUGUUACCUACGGCCGGAUCCCGUAUCCAGGGAUGACCAACCCCGAGGUGAUCCAGAACCUGGAGCGCGGCUACCGCAUGCCGCAGCCCGACAACUGCCCGCAGGAGCUGUACGAACUGAUGAUGCAGUGCUGGAAGGAGCAGCCUGAGGAGCGGCCCACCUUCGAGUACAUGAAGAGCGUGCUGGAGGACUUCUUCACCGCCACCGAGGGACAAUACCAGCAGCAGCCGUGAGGCCCCGCGCAGCGCUGGGGGCACGCCGGGCCCCCCAGACUCCACGAGCAUCCCAUGAGCACCGCCUGGCAGUGAAGAUUUCGUGCUUCCCAAAGAGCUUUGCCCCUGAAUGGUGACAGCCUAA